UUGAAGGAAGGGGGAGGGAAGAUGGCGGCGGCGCCGGUGGCGGCGGUGCUGCUGGUGCUGCUGCCGGUGCUGCUGCCGAGGGGCCGCGCCGCCCUCGACCUGCGGGAGCUCAGCGAGAGCAAAUACGGACUGGAGAUCCUCGCCGAGCCCGUCCUGGCGGGGCAGGCUGUGGCGCAGGAGGUGGUUCGCCUCUCCUCUCGGUUCCAGCAGCUCUAUGAGUGUCAUCUCCCGGUGGUGUCCGGUGGACGUCCGUCUGUCCCGGAGGAGCACUCCCGCCCCUACGAUGGCUCCGCCGUCCCCGAGCUGCUGCGCCCCAUGGCCACCGCCCCGUGUCUGCUCAAGGUGAAGGACUGGUGGACGUACGAGUUCUGCUACGGGCGCCACAUCCAACAGUACCACGUGGAAGAGUCAGAGAUCAAAGGGGACGUCCUCUUCCUCGGCUUCUACCAAUCAUCCUUCGACUGGAACGACGAGUCGGCCAAAGCGUCGAAGCAGCACCGUCUCCAGCGCUAUCACAGCCAAAGUUACGUCAACGGUUCCCGCUGUGACGUCACCGGACGCCCCAGAGAGGCCGAAGUGCGGUUCGUGUGCGAGGACGGCGCCGGCGAUUACAUCUGGCGCGUGGAUGAGCCGCAGUCGUGCUCGUACGUUGUCACCGUGCACACGGCGCGGCUUUGCCGUCACCCUCUGCUGCGGCCGCCGGACGAGGCCACCGCGCAGCCCAUCCGCUGCCACCCGGCGCUCAGCGCCCGCCAGUACGGCCACUACCUGCGCAGCCGCCACCCCGCUGCGAAGCAGAAGGUGGAGGAGAUGUCAGAGGAGCUCAAAACAUCCGACACCGAACUGCGGAGCACCGGAGACGGAGGGGACACUGACGGGGACACCGAUGGGGACACCGACGGGGACACCACCCCUGGGGACACCCCCCCUGGGGACACCAACGGGGACACCAAAGGGGACACCACCAGGGACACCAAUGGGGACACCAACGGGGAUGACACCAAUGGGGCCACCACCCCCAGGGACACCGAUGGGGACACUGAAGGGGCCACCGAGAGCGCGGGAACAGCAGUGGACGCUGACGGUGACCCCUCGUGUCCCCCCUGCUGUCCCCCGGGUGACGCCAUUGUCCCCUCUGUCACUGCAGUGUCACCGGAGGCCGUUCCGGAUGCAGUCGAGGAGACGGUGUUUUGGCAGCGAGUGCGCGAAGUCACCGGAGACACCGGAGACCACCGCAGCGCCACCGCGGAGGAGAUGUCCCCAACGUCACAGGUGGACGAUCUCCGGAAGAAAAUCCAUUUCAAAGUGAUCCGAAGCCCCCGAGAUCUUCUCCGGUUCAUCGAAGAGCUGAAGGAGAGCACCAAGAAGGUCAACGAGGACGAAGAAGAAGAAGAAGAAGAAACCACAACGGCGAAGGCCUCUCUGGAUUUUUCCGUCGCUGAGGAACCGCCGAUGGGUGGGAAGGAACGAGCGGAGGAGGAGGAGGAGGAAGAGGAGGAGGAAGAGGAGGAAGACCUUCUGAGGGGCUUUGAGAAGGAUUUGGAGGCCGUGCUGCUGCCGCGCGAGCAGGUGGCGCAGCUCAAGGAGGAGGUCAAGAGCGAGAUGGAGAAGGAGUUCGACAACAUCAUCAACGAGGCUGAGGACGAAGUGGAACCGGAGGGUCUGAAGGGUGAAUUUGAUCGCGAUCGAGCGUCCAAGUCUUUGGCGUCCACCCUCAACCGCCUCAUGGACAAACUGGACGGGACUGGGGGGGACCGAGAGGCUCCCGGGGGGGUCAGAGAGGAGGAAGAGGAAGAGGAAGAGGAAGAAGGAACUGAGAAGAGGAGGAAGAGGAAGAGCGGCGCUUCGCCACCUCCGCGCCAGCGCCGAACCCCUCGACUGCAGCACCUCGAGAGCCAAGUGCGGGAGCUGCUCGCCAAGGAGGGGCUGCGCGCCGAAGGGAAAAUCGAGAUCCGAUUGGUGACGGGAGACGAUGGGGACGAAGAGACGCGGAGCCUGAGGGACGUGUUCCUGAGCAUCCUGAUUCGGGGCACAGAGGAGGCGCAGAAGGAGCGUCGGCGGCUGCAGAUGUUGGAGGAGAAUUAUCGCUUCGUUUGGGGGACCCGACGGGAACCGCCCCCCCGCGACUCCGACGACCCCGAUUUGUGACCCCCCCAAAUCCCUGGGGACACCCCCAAACCCCGGGGACCCCAACUUGGGACCCAAGGGGACCCCAACUUGUGACCCCCCCAAACCCCAAUGGCCCCAACUUGUGACACCCCCCCAAACCCUGGGGACCCC